CUAGAUAUUAUCAAAUAGAGACUGUGUCUGUACCCCGAAUUAGUAAAAACAAAAAACUUCCAAACCCAUUUAAUGGUAAAAAUUUAAUUGAUGUUCAACAAAUAAAAAAUAGAGAUAAUAAUGCUAAACAAACGAUAAAACUUGGGUUGUUAAAUAUUAGAUCCCUUUCUUCAAAAUCACUUAUUGUUAAUGAUAUUAUCAAAGAUAAUAAUCUAGAUGUGCUGUGUUUGACAGAAACUUGGCUAAAACCGGACGAUUACAUUACUUUAAAUAAGUCUAGUCCUCAAGGUUAUCAUUAUCGACACAAUGCUCGUCAGAAAGGCAAAGGGGGAGGUGUUGCUGUAAUCUAUAGUAAUAUUUACAGUAUUAGUCAAAAGUCUUUCAAAUAUAAUUCCUUCGAAACUAUGGUACUUUACGUAACAUUAUGUAAGUUGACAUUUGUGCUGGCUACUGUAUACAGGCCACCAGGACACAAUACAGACUUUAUCAAAGAAUUUGCUGACUUUCUAUCAGAGUUAGUACUAGCUGCAGAUAAAGUCCUUGUUGUUGGUGAUUUUAAUAUCCAUGUAGAUAAUAAAAAAGACGCAUUAGGAUUGGCAUUUGCAGAUAUUCUAAACUCUAUUGGUGUUAGACAACAUGUGUCAGGACCCACUCAUUGUCGUAAUCAUACUUUAGAUCUAAUAUUGUCACAUGGAAUCGAUAUCGAUGCUGUUGAAAUUCUGCAGCAGAGUGACGACAUCUCAGAUCAUUAUCUAGUCUCGUGUAUACUACAUUUAGUCAAGGCGGCUAAACUGCCUCCAUGCCAUAAAUAUGGUAGAACCAUCAUUUCUACCACUAAAGAUUGCUUUAUAAAUAAUCUUCCUGAUCAUUUUCAUCGCCUUAGCAUACCAGACAGCUUAGAAGACCUCGAUGUUGCAACAGAAACUAUUGCCUCUGUCUUUUCCAGCACAUUAGACUCAGUUGCUCCUUUGCGUUUAAAAAAGAUUAAGGAAAUUAAUCCAAUGCCAUGGUACAAUGAGCACACUCGGGCCCUAAAGUUAGCAGCCAGAAAAAUGGAGCGCAGCUGGAAGAAAUCAAAACUAGAAGUAUUUCGUAUUUCGUGGAGAGAGAGAAUGAUUGAGUACAGAAAGGCCUUAAAAUCUGCUAGAUCUGCCUAUUUUUCAAAACUCUUAGAAGAAAAUAAACACAACCCUAGGUAUUUAUUUGAUACAGUGGCUAAAUUAACAAGAAAUAAAGCUUCAACUUCUGAUGUUUCCAAAGAGCACAGCAGUAAUGACUUUACGAACUUCUUUACUUGCAAGAUUGAUAAUAUUAGAGAAAAAAUUAUAACCAUGCAACCGUCUAUUACAGUAUCGCGUCAGAUAGUGCAUUGUAGUGUCCCUGAGGAAAAAUUCAAUUCAUUUACUGCUUUAGGAGAGGAAGAAUUGUCUAAACUUGUUAAAUCAUCAAAAUCAACAACAUGUAUGUUAGACCCUAUACCGACUAAGCUAUUGAAAGAAAUGCUUCCAGAGGUUAUAGAUCCUCUUCUUAAUAUCGUCAAUUCAUCUUUAUCACUAGGACACGUACCAAAAACUUUUAAGCUGGCUAUUAUUAAACCUCUUAUUAAAAACCACAACUUGAUCCUAGAGAAUUAGUCAAUUACAGGCCGAUCUCAAAUCUCACUUUUCUGUCAAAAAUACUAGAAAAGGUAGUAUCAUCACAACUAUGUUCCUUUUUAGAAAGAAAUAGUAUCUGUGAGGAUUUCCAGUCAGGAUUUAGACCGUACCAUAGUACUGAGACUGCUCUCAUUAGAGUUACUAAUGAUUUGCUCUUAUCAUCAGAUCGUGGUUGUAUCUCUCUAUUAGUGUUACUGGAUCUUAGUGCUGCAUUUGACACUAUUGAUCACAAUAUUCUUUUAAAUAGACUCGAAAAUUAUGUUGGCAUUAGUGGAAUUGCAUUGUCAUGGUUCAAAUCAUACUUAUCUGACCGUUAUCAGUUUGUAGUAGUAAACGAAGAGAUGUCAUAUCGAUCACAAGUUCAAUAUGGAGUACUGCAAGGCUCAGUACUAGGACCGUUGCUGUUCACUCUGUACAUGCUACCCUUGGGAGAUAUCAUUAGGAAGCAUGUCGUUAGUUUUCACUGUUACGCUGAUGAUACUCAGCUCUAUAUUUCUUCGCGCCCUGACGAAACUUACCAAUUCACAAAAUUAACAGAAUGCAUAGCUGAUAUAAAAAAUUGGAUGACCAGUAAUUUCCUACUACUAAAUUCAGAAAAAACAGAGAUUCUAAUUUUUGGACCAAAAACUUCUUCACGUAAUAACCUAGAAUACUGUCUAACACUUGAUGGCUGCUCUGUUAAGUCUUCGUCGUCACUUAGGAACCUGGGUGUGCUCUUUGAUACCAAUCUUUCAUUUGAAGGCCAUGUUACUAGCAUCUGUAAAACCGCAUUCUUCCAUCUUAAAAAUAUAUCUAAACUACGACAUAUGCUCUCAAUGAAAAAUGCAGAACAGUUAGUUCAUGCGUUCAUGACCUCAAGGCUAGAUUACUGUAACGCUCUACUGGGUGGUUGUUCUGCUCGCUUGAUAAAUAAACUACAGCUCGUACAAAAUGCAGCAGCUAGAGUUGUUACUAGAACUAGGAAGUAUGACCAUAUUAGCCCAGUUCUGUCAACACUGCAUUGGCUUCCUGUUAAACAUCGUAUAGAUUUUAAAAUCUUGCUAAUGACUUACAAAGCACUAAAUGGUUUAGCUCCCCAGUACCUGA